GGUGUACCCUGUUGUUGUGUUUGUAUAAAAGUUUAAAAGUCCAAAACCCACUUUCGAAGCACCCAAACGGAAAAAACGAUCCAUUGGAGAAAAUAAGCAAAACCAAAGCUUAGGAUUAACCCCUAAUCUUUCUGGCUAAGAGGAAAAAAAAAGAAUAGCAUUGUGUCUUAGAUAUCGAAGAUCUGAUAAGAAUUUCUAAACAAUUUGUAUAACGUCCGGAGAGGUCCAGUUUCUCUCCUGAUCUGAAAAUCCAUGGCGCUUCCAAGGACGAAGCUACUUUUUCUGCUAUGCGCUUUGUGUUACGCGCUCGCCGCCUUUGCAGGGAAGAGUUAUUAUGAGGUAUUGCAAGUGCCGAGAGGAGCAUCGGAUGAGCAGAUCAAAAGAGCGUAUAGGAAGCUGGCAUUGAAAUAUCAUCCUGAUAAGAACCCCGGGAAUGAAGAGGCCACUAAGCGAUUUGCGGAGAUUAACAACGCUUAUGAGGUGUUGUCGGAUAGCGAGAAGAGGGGCAUAUAUGAUAGGUAUGGAGAGGAGGGCCUGAAGCAGCAUGCUGCCAGCGGAGGCAGAGGAGGAAUGGGGAGCAACUUAGACGAGUUCUUCGGCAUGUUUUUUCGUGGAGGCCAGGCAGAAGAGGAAGAGAAAAUUGUGAAGGGUGAUGAUGUGAUUGUUGAAUUGGAUGCAACACUGGAAGACUUGUACAUGGGAGGUACUCUUAAGGUUUGGAGGGAGAAAAACAUUUUAAAGCCUGCUCCAGGUAAACGACGCUGUAACUGUAGAAAUGAGGUCUAUCAUAAGCAAAUUGGUCCAGGGAUGUUCCAACAGAUGACUGAACAGGUUUGUGAGCAGUGCCAAAAUGUCAAAUAUGAACGAGAGGGAUAUUUUGUCACGGUUGAUAUUGAGAAAGGAAUGCAAGAUGGACAUGAGGUGGUUUUUUAUGAAGAUGGUGAGCCUAUAAUAGAUGGAGAACCUGGAGAUUUGAAGUUCCUAAUUCGCACUGCACCCCAUGAUCGCUUCAGGAGGGAAGGCAAUGAUUUGCACACCACUGUCACCAUAACACUUGUUCAAGCUCUUGUUGGUUUUGAGAAGACCAUUAAACACCUUGAUGACCAUUUAGUGGACAUUAGCUCUAAGGGUGUUACUAAGCCCAAAGAGGUGAGAAAGUUCAAAGGAGAAGGAAUGCCAUUAUAUUCUAGCGACAAGAAAGGAAACCUGUAUGUGACCUUCGAGGUUUUGUUCCCCACAUCACUGACGGAGGACCAGAAGGCCAAAAUCAAGGCAGUUCUUGGCUAG